AUGGCAACAAGUGUCUCGGUGUCCCAGGACGAGUUCAACUGUUGUAUCUGUCUGGAUCUGCUGAAGGACCCGGUGACCGUUCCCUGUGGACACAGUUUCUGCAUGAGCUGCAUUACAGGGUUCUGGAACCAGGAGGACCAGAGGGGUGUUGCUUACAGCUGCCCUCAGUGCAGGGAAACCUUCACCCCGAGACCUGCACUGGCCAGAAACACGUUGAUCGCUGACGUUGUGGAGAAACUGAAGAAGACUGACCUCCAGUCUGAUGCUGAAACUUCCCGCUUGUCUGGACAGGGGGAAGUGGAAUGUGACAUCUGCACUGGGAAUAAAUGCAAAGUGAAUGCAGUGAAGUCAUGUCUGACGUGCCCAGGGUCCUAUUGUGAAACUCACAUCCAGCCGCACUAUGAUGUACCUGGCCUGAGCAAGCACAAACUGGUGAAUGCCACCACACGGCUCCAGGAGAAGAUCUGCUCUCAACAUGAUGAGAUAUUGAAAGUGUUUUGCCGCACCGACCAGAAACUAAUCUGUGUGCUGUGCUUGAUGGACGACCACACGGGACACACGAUCGUCUCAGCCAAAGCAGAAUGGCGUGACAGACAGGACAAGAUGAAGAGUGCCAUAGGGGUGAACAGGGCCCUACUCGAGGAAAAGGAGGGUAGACUGCAGGAGCUGGAACGAACUCUGAAGACGAUCAAGGAGUCUGCUGAUUCGGCCGUGGAUAGCACUGAGAGGAGUUUAGGUGAGCUGACCGCUGCCUUCACGGGCAGAAUCAGAGCUCAGGAGAAGGAGGACGUGAGGUGUGGACAAGAGCUUCGAGAGCAACUGGAGGAGGAAGUAGCCAAGUUGAAGAGAAGAGAUAAGGAGCUGGAUGAAGGCCUCAACACACACGACUACAUCCUUUCUCUGCAGAUGCUUUUUAACCAAAGUGACUCACAAUCGAGGACAUAAUCAUAUUCAACAUCACUAGCAGAU